AUGGCGAAAAAAGAUCAUUCGAAUUUGAGACUUGUGUUCUUGCUUCUAGUGAUUCUUAUGAUCUCAUGCACUAACGGCUGUGCUCUUGCAUCUCCACAAAAGUUACGUCCAUCAUCAGGAUGGAGAAGAAAGAUGGUACGUGUAAAUCCAUCUUUAAGUGGUCGAGGUGGAACAGGUGGAGGAAAAAGGGGACCUCGUAUCGAACCUUUACCAUUGUUUCAACCUCCGCCACCACUAGUAUCACCACCGCCGUCACCAUCUUCGAAGUUACCGGCAUCAUCAUCAAAGCAACUACCACUGCCAUGA